AUGGAAAAUGAGAGUGGAUGUCCAAAAUGGUCGACAGCAAUUUAUGGAACUAGACUUAAUGAGUUAGAUACAACCAGAAGAACCCUAAAGAAAAGAGAAAAUACAAAUAACAUGGAGUUAUUGCCAGUGGAAGAAAAUUUAUUAUUAAAUCAAGAUAGUAUAGGCAAAGAAAAUACAGAUAAUAAUAUGAAGACAAUUGACAAUACAAAAAAAGAUGAAAAAGGUAAAGGAAAAGAGAUUAUCACUGAAACAGAGAAAGAAAAUAAUGAAAUAAAUGAGCAAAAUAUUACAAAUACAAAAACAGAUGAUAAUGAAUCAGUAAACUCAAAAGAUAGUUUCUUAGAGGAAUGGAGAAAGAAAAAUAAUUUACAAAAGUAUAAAGUAUGGAUUAAAACAGGAGAAGUUCAUGGAAAAAACUUAAAAGACAAAAUUGAUAUAAUAGCAAAUUUAUUAAAUAAAAAUGAAAAUAAUAUUAUUACAAUCAAAACUGAAAAAAAUUUGGGAGAUAAAAAACUAUAA